AUGUUCUUCAUGGGUAACUGUGAUGUUAAUCGGGUGAAAAAUGAAUAUGUCCGGAAGUUCAGCCAUCUAAACAGGACUCCCACAGAUUCCCUGAUUUUUCAAGCUGUGAAUUUGUUUAAGGAAACAGGAAGCGUCCGUGAAGUCCCAGAAGAAACUCCUGAAUCCGCUCUUGAGGAUUUAUUAGAAGAAGAGGAUUUGAUUGAAAAUCCAGAUGAAUGUAAUUCCGUCAAUUCAGUCCUGUCACUUGAAAUAAAAGAAGAAAAGGAUUCAUUUGAUGAUCUUCACGAGGAAGAAAAUACAGAUGAGAAGCAUGAUGGAGGAUUCUCUGUCUUUUUCCCCGAAAAAAUGACAAAUUUAGUAAAGGAUGAAGAAAAUCCGGAGAUGCGCAAAAAGAGAAUUCGGAUGAAGCCAAAGAAACCCUUGAGGGAUGUAAAGGAUUCGGACUACAGAGAAAGUGAGAGUCUCUUUGCGUGCAACAAAUGUGGCAAAAAGUACCUGACAAGAGAAGCCCUAAUGGUGCAUUUGUCGUGUCAUUUGACAAAUGCUCCCCGGGAGUGUAGGUGUCGUUUCUGCUUUGAGAAUUUCCCAACACAAUUCCAUCUGCGUGAUCAUAUAAAAAAGCUACACAGUGAUGAAAUUAAGAAGGAGGAAGAAGAGAGGUUGACGGCAAAACCCGUGCAGGUGUGGCAAUGUAAAUUUUGUUCAAAGACAUUCACGUUGCGAUCAUCAUACCGGAAGCACCUGGAGAUACAUACCAUGGGAAAAGAUCGCAUUUGUGACGUGUGCGGGAAGGGCUUCCGCCAAAUGUCGAACCUGAAGGAACACCUGAAAAUUCACAGUGAUGAAAAAAUGUACAAAUGCACCUUCGCAGAUUGCAACAGGGCAUACAAGCAGAAGACAGCUCUUAAGUUCCACCUGAAAUGCCAUUCAGAUGAUAAACCCUUUCCCUGUGAGUACUGCGGGAAGCAUUUUAAGGAUAAAUCCUAUCUGAAGACCUAUUCAACCCCUCAAGAACCCUGA